AUGCCCCCUCAUCUUCAGUACGGCUCACCCAAGAGCGCUUCGAGCCCGGACUCGGCCAAGGCGGGAGCCGCCUCGUCGCCGGACGUCUCCAGCGGCUCCCAGAAGGACUCGCGCAAGCGCAAGAUUUCCACCGACGACCUCGACGAUGAUGAUCUUCUCGAGGAGGGCGGGAAGCCCGUCAAGAAGACGGCUCACAACAUGAUUGAGAAGCGGUAUCGGACCAACAUCAACGACAAGAUUGCCGCCCUGCGUGACAGCGUCCCCAGCCUGCGCAUCAUGAGCAAAAGCGCUAGAGGAGAAGACACAACGGAAGAUCGUGAGGAACUUCACGGCCUCACGCCCGCUCACAAGCUUAACAAAGCCACUGUGUUGAGCAAAGCGACGGAAUAUAUACGACAUCUGGAGAAGAGAAAUAAUCGAUUGAUAGACGAAAACAGCGCCAUGCAUCAGAGAAUCGCCGCAUUCGAGAAGCUGUUCAUGGCGGGUGCCAUGAAUGGGUCCAUGAACGGCUCUGUGCCUCCCAUGCAGCAGCCUACCCCGACACAGUAUCCCCAGGACGGCCAAACACCACAGCAAUCACAGCAGCAGCAGCAGCAGCAGCUAUCGCAAAUGGCACCGUCUCCAAUGGAUAACCCUCAGGAGAACAAUGGAAUGCCGACCGGCCUAAUCGAGGUCCCGGAGGACAUGAAGCGAAUUCUCUCCGCCCAGAUGAACAACCAGCCAUACCCCGUUCCUCAGCAGCUAUUCCGCCCCAACCCGACAGUGGUCGGCCAGCAACAGAUUCGACCAAUGCAGCAGCAGCAACAGCAGCAGGGCCAGCAGGGCCCGCAGCCGGGAUGGAGCGCAAGCCCCUAUUUCGGUAAGCUGAUGGUGGGCUCGCUCGCCGGACUGAUGAUAUUGGAGGCGGUUCGGGAAGACGAACCCAGCAGCGAAGAACCCCAGGGCCGCGGCUUGUUUGCUCUGCCCCUGCAGCUCUUCAGACAUAUACCCUCUCACCUCGAUGUUCGAUUUGCGGGAUACGACGCCAUCUCUAUCAAGUUCAUGCUCCUCUUUGGCCUCGUGCUGUGGGUCUUCAUCCCGUCGCUGUUUUCGAGAAUGGACCGAACACCCAAGAAGCAACAAUCGGCUGCUGUGCAAUCCGCCCCUUCCUUGGCUUCGCCCAUCAGCGUUCGUCGCCGCGCGUGGGAGACGGCCAUCCAAACCGUCUGGGUGCCUCAUCACAGCUUCUUCCUCGAGGCGGCUGCGCUGAUGCUCAAGACGCUCAAGCUGAGCGUGCGCAACGUGUUUGGCGUCCACGCGUAUCAGCUGCUGACCGGGCUGACUCCAGAACAAGAGGUGGCCCGGGUUCGUGCGUGGGCCACGGCUCUCGACGCGCAGCUUACCGGAGGAGAUUCCGAGAUUUGCAUGAGCCGUCUGAUCCUCACGCUGCUGGCGUCCGGAACCGUCCCUGAUACCCCCAGCGGCCUCAUGCUCAAGGCACUUCACGUCCGCGUGCUCUUGUGGGACUUGAGCCAGAAAUGGUAUCAGCUGGGUUUGGUCAACUACAUCGCCACCAAGAUUGCCGAACGACAGUGGAACGCCGCCCGAGACCUGAACCAGAGACUAACCCACCACAGCCCGCAACAAGACGAGAUGUGGGAGAAGAAGCGUGCCGAGUACAUGCUGCCCGAUCACCUGGCCGUGCUCGUCGAGCAGGAGUGCGACAAGGUCCUGACGCCCGCCGUCAUCCAGCGAGCUCACAAUCUCGCCUUCAACGUGGAGACGACUCACGACGCCAUCCCGAUUGACGGCAUGGACUCGGUUGUCGACGAUACAUCGAUUGGGUCGCCGAUGGAUGCCCUCGCAGCGUGGUGGUCGACGGCCAAGGUGCACGACAUUCUGACGACGACGCUAUACGGAGACGAAGCGGAGCCCGACAAUGAGAUGAUGGAACUGGCCGUCAAGGUGGCACCCAUGGGCUCUCGUGCUCAUGCUCGCGCAGUCAUGGCUCGCUCGGUGCUCGCUCAUCAAUCGCGCGGGAAGAACAUUGCAGCCGCUGUUCAGGUCCUCCGCGUCGACGCCGGUGGCAGCAGCCUCAUCGAUCCCAUGUCCUUUGCCUGCGCCGACGCCAACCCCUUUGCGGACCGCGCAACCGCCCCUCCGCCUCAACCCAACAGUCCCGAUCCCGACCUUCAGCUUUGCCUACGCUGCGCGACAGCUUCGGCUCAUAUCAAGCGAUUGGGUGGCCCUGUUGCCAGCAGCAAGCAAUACGUCCGUGACUCCAUCGAAAAGGUCAUUGCUUUGGCAACGAGAACACGAAUGUCCCUCUUGAGUUUUACAUCGGUGAUGGAGGUUCUGGAGCAGAUCUUGGCUCAUAAAGAUACCACGAACAGCUUCGCGCCACUCGUCGAGAGUCUAGCCGCCAUCCUGCGGCUUUGGAUGGGCAGCCCUCUAGCAUCGCAAUGCGGUGUACCUCCCGACUUGCAAGACAAGAUGAUCAACAAAUGUCUGGGAAUUACCAAGAUGGUGGUGGGCAUGGAAGUGGACACAGGCUAUGAGAGCAUGACGGACGACGAAGGGUUUCGAUGACGGCUGGCGAGCUCUAGAGAAGGGAGAAGGAGGUGUCAAGACUGUUCUAUUCACACUGCAUUUCGUGUUUUGCAUCACGACACUCCACUGCCAUGGGCCUAUGUCUUUGUCUCGUUUCUUUUGCAUCUGUCCCUUUUUCUUCACUUUUCGAUUUCUGUGGUAUCAGGCAUACAAUGGAGGAUGACGGUUCGUACCGACAAGACGAUACCCCUCUAACCUGAGAAUGUAUAUAUAUAUGUGUGUGUGUGUCUUUCUAACUGGAUUGAUUCGCCUCAUAACGAGUAUUAUGCAAAUAGGGCGGGGAAAAAAACCUAGAGGCAAAUUGGGAGAGGCAACUGGGGAACCGAGCACGAUUGUGAUUUCGUGGCAACAUGUCUCUCUUUUUCUUACUUUCUUUUCAGAGAUCUGGGGACUUUUCCGUUGUCGUCUAUUUCAUUUCUUUACUUGCUAUUUCUGUCACAACUAUUUCUAUUAUGUACUUGUCACUGCGGCGCAAUACCUGGCGGGACAUGGUUGAUG